AUGGCAAAAGAUUUUGCUGUGGUAUGUGAGAAAGAGUUUCAUGCUCGUGAAAUUGGCAUCUAUCUUACGAAAGCGAGUCUAGCUCUUGAUCAUGAUUUAUUGAAAAGAAGGACCAUGUUGGAGAAUAGCAAAAAAAUCGUAUCGGAGCUAUGUGAUCUUCUCUCUGCCGAUCGGACACCUUUAACACCUUUCAUCGCCUUGGCAAGACCUGCUGUCAGUUUGGAUCCAGCAAUACAACAACAUCUCAGCCAUUACACUUUGGUAAAUUUAUUAAUGUGGUAG